CGCUCAGAGGUUGGAUUGGAACCGAGAUCGUCAAAGCUUCAAUUCUUUCCCUGCCGUCAAUCCCCCCGGAGAUGGGCCCUGGUCCUGAAGCCGAGCACUCAAAACGCGCACACCUGCGCCGGAGCAGGACGAGCCAGCCAAUGAGGAAACCGAAUCCAGGAGGCGGGACGGAGAAGCUGCCAAUGACAGAGCCUGCCCCCAGAGAGAUGCGGCUAAUGAGGGCCUCCUGCCGGAGAGGGAAGGCUGAUUGUCCAAUGAGAGGCUGCGACCAGCGAGGCUGGAAGGCGGAACAGCCAGUGAGGCGCCGGGCUGGGGCGGAGAGCCCAGCGCCAACCCACGACUGCCCGAGCACCGGCGUGCUGCACCCGUCGCUGCCCGCCAUGGCCCGCGCUGCCCGGCUCUUGGCCUCGCUGGCCGCCCUUCUCGCCGCUGCCGCUACAGGCGAUGCCCGGCCCAGCAAAAUCGCCGUGGUUGGAGCCGGAAUUGGGGGCUCUGCCGUGGCCCAUUUCCUCCAACAGCACUUCGGCCCCCGGGUGCAGAUCGACGUGUUUGAGAAGGGGACCGUGGGCGGCCGCCUGGCCACCAUCUCGGUCAACAAGCAGCACUACGAGAGCGGCGCCGCCUCCUUCCACUCCCUGAGCCUCCACAUGCAGGGCUUCGUCAAGCAGCUGGGGCUGCGGCACCGGCGCGAAGUGGGAGGGAGGAGUGCCAUCUUCAACGGGGAGGACUUUGUGCUGGAGGAGACUGACUGGUACCUGCUGAACCUCUUCCGCCUCUGGUGGCACUACGGCAUCAGCUUCCUGAGACUGCAGAUGUGGGUGGAGGAGGUCAUGGAGAAGUUCAUGAGGAUCUAUAAGUACCAGGCUCACGGUUACGCCUUCUCGGGUGUGGAGGAACUGCUCUACUCGCUGGGGGAAUCCGCCUUUGUCAACAUGACCCAGCGCUCCGUGGCCGAGUCCCUGCUCCAGGUGGGCGUCACACAGCGCUUUAUCGAUGAUGUCGUCUCCGCUGUCCUGCGGGCCAGCUACGGCCAGUCAGCAGCGAUGCCCGCCUUUGCCGGAGCCAUGUCGCUAGCCGGGGCCCAAGGCAGCCUGUGGUCUGUGGAGGGAGGCAACAAGCUGGUUUGUUCCGGUCUGCUGAAGCUCACCAAGGCCAACGUGAUCCACGCCACGGUCACCACUGUGACCCUGCAGCAAACAGAGGGGAAACCCUUGUACCAUGUCAAGUAUGAGAAUGAGGUGGGCACAGGCUCUGAUUACUACGACAUAGUGGUCAUCGCCACCCCCCUGCACCUGGACAACAGCAGUACCAUCACCUUUGAAGGCUUCGACCCACCCAUUGAUGUCGUCCAGGGCUCCUUCCAGCCCACCGUCAUCUCCUUGGUCCAUGGCUACCUCAACUCUUCCUACUUCGGCUUCCCCGACCCUAAGCUUUUCCCCUUUGCCAGCAUCCUCACCACAGACUUCCCCAGCUUCUUCUGCGCCCUGGACAACAUGUGUCCCGUCAACGUCUCGGCCAGCUUCCGGCGGAAGCAGCCUCAGGAGGCCGCCGUGUGGCGAGUCCGGUCCCCCCAGCCCCUCCUUCGCUCCCAGCUGAAGACCCUCUUUCGCUCCUACUACUCAGUGCAGACGGCCGAGUGGCAGGCCCACCCCGUCCACGGCCCCCGCAGCCCCCUCCCGCGGUUCGUGCUGCACGACCAGCUCUUCCUCCUCAACGCCCUGGAGUGGGCGGCCAGCUCCGUGGAGGUGACGGCAGUGGCUGCCAAGAACGUGGCCCUGCUGGCUUUCAACCGCUGGUACCAGGACCUAGACAAGAUUGACCAGAAGGAUUUGAUGCACAAGGUAAAGACGGAACUGUGAGGGCUCCGGGGAGAGCUGGAAACGUCCAGCCCCCGCUCAAGACGGAUCCCCCGCCCCCACGCAGCGGCCAAGGUUUUACAAGCCACACUCACCCACAGAGCCCUUCUCUGACCCCUCGUGUGUGGAGGGUCUUUUCUCUCCAUUGUGGGUCCUGGUGACCAACUCUCUGCCUCUCCAUCUUAAGGAUUUUCACAGUGUUGCUUCUUUUGAAGGGGGAGAGUAAGAGCGGGGGAAGGACAUUCAAGCCAAUGUAUUCAUUUAUUUAUUUUUUCUAAGAAGAAAUAAAAAUCCAUCUUAAGCUG